UUCCUGGCUAAAAAUUGUGUCCAAAGUCUAAAAUUUGCAGAUACAUUUAGAAAUAAUCUUUAUCUCUCAUGUGUAUAUAUGAUGUGAGACAUGGUUACUUAGCAACGAUCUCACAAACAGUAUUAUGCUAAAAUGUCAAGUUAUUCAGGACAGACAUAGCAGAUAUAGUCAGCUGACGUGAGAUAAAACUUAUAAACUUUGUGAUAGUGUCGUUAUUAUCGUCAUUUACGUUACAUUUUGUUACAAUCUUUGAAGAAACCAGUAUAUCACACAAAACAAUUUUUGUACGUGUUUUUGAUUGACAUCGAUAAAAAAAAUGGGUCCUAAGAAGGCAAAAGGGAAAGCGGUGGACAGUGUCGAGGGGGUUGAUACAACAAAAAUGAAUAGGGAACAGUUGGAGAUAUAUGCCCAUAAGAUAUUAGAAGAAAUGGAACGCGAGCGAGAGGAGAGAAAUUUUUUUCAAAUAGAAAGGGAUAAAUUACGUACUUUUUGGGAAAUUACGAGACAUCAGUUGGAUGAAGCGCGUGCUACAGUCAGAAAUAAGGAACGUGAGAAAGAGGAAUUGGCGGAAAAACACGAGGCUGAACUCAAAUUAUACAAACAGAAAGUAAAACACUUAAUGUAUGAGCAUCAGACUAAUUUGUCUGAAACCAAGGCGGAACAUCUGGUUGCACUCAAAUUGGCACAAGACGAUCAUGUUGCGCAAGAGAAUGAGCUUAUUCAAGACAAAACAGAGCUGAAAAAAAUGCAGAAAGAACAGGAAUUAGCGUACAUGAACGAAAUUCGUGCGUUGAAGUUGCACAAUUCAGAGGAAAUGAGCAAUAUGAUGAAAAAAUUUGAAUCUGAAGCGGUGGAAUUGGAGCAGAAGUACGAACAAAAAUUGACCAGUCAAUACGAGUCCUUAAUAUUGAAGCAUCGCAUGGAGAUGACAGAAGUGGAGGAAAGAAAGAAUGCACAAAUUGCGAAUCUGAUAAAAAAUCAUGAGAAUGCAUUCACGGAAAUGAAAAAUUAUUACAACGAUAUCACUCUCAAUAACUUAUCACUGAUUAAGAGCAUGAAGGAACAAAUGGAAGUGAUGAGAAAUAAUGAAGAACGUAUGAAGAAACAAGUGCGAGAACUGACAGCGGAGAAUAAAAAAUAUUUGGCUGACUUGAAAGCUUCGCAGGAAACAGCGCAGGAACUUAGUCGCCAGCUUUCGAAUUACGAAAAAGAUAAACAAUGUCUAACUAAUACAAAACGCAGAUUGUCUGCAGUAGCGAAAGAUCUAGAAAAUUUAAAAUGGGAAAAUGAAGUACUCGAGCUGCGUUUUGAAAAAUGUCAGUCUGAGAGAGACGAAUUACACUCCAAAUUUGUUUCGGCUAUUUUCGAGCUGCAACAAAAGACAGGUUUAAAGAAUGUACUCUUGGAGAAAAAAUUAGAAAAAUUGUCGGACUUACUGGAGCAACGCGAAGCGCAAAUUAGUGAAGUCUUAGCCGCUGCUCAAUUGGAUCCUACGGCGGUCGUCAAUGUGAACAAGAAAUUAGAGGAUAUGCUCAAUAGAAAAAAUACAGCGAUACAAGAUCUGCAAUACGAAUUGGCGAAAGUUUGCAAAGCGCAUGAUGACUUAUUGGUGACUUAUGAAAGCAAACUUCAAGAAUACGGAAUUCCCAAGGCUGAACUUGGAUUUCAACCUCUGAGAAUGAGGAUAACUGGCACAAAAUUAGGCUUAGGUCCAGCUGGUCUCGUAACUGCAAAUCAAUAACAUAUUUCAUAAGCACUUAUAUAAUCGAUUUAUAGAAAUUUUAUAUAUUCUUUACCUGAGAAAAUCACACUGCCGUGUAACAUUUUAUUACUAUUUUUAUAUAUUUUCAUGAAAGAAUCAAAACACAAUAUUUUUAGAAAGUUUGAUAAUGACGUUUGUGUUGUAAACUAUAAUAACUAUGACGUUCCGUAAUAUAUACACUUGAU